GGGAGGCGGCGAGUGUUGUGGCAGCCGUGGACGAGGCCGCACGGACUGACAGCCAGCCGCUCCAUCACCACCCUAUCUUCAGGCCUCCAAGAUACUGUGAUAAACUAACAACUAUCUUACUCGUAGAAGACAAGUGCAUUUUUCUAAACAUCUGAGGGUGGCUAGGGAGGACCUGGCUCGAACACCACCACCUGUAUCACCACCUGCUUUUGCCACCAUCACCACCAUCUGAUAUCGCUGCCACCACCACCUGCUUCCGCUGACUUCACCACCUGCUUCUGCCGCUACCAUCUCCACCUGCUACUGCUGCCACUGCCACCUCCAGCUACCACCAUCUCCACCAUCUACUGCCAUCAUCAUCCACUACUGCCACUACCACCCACUGCUGCCACCACUACCAUUGUCGCUGCUGCUACCACUCGCUGUUGAUUCCACCACUUGCUGUUGCUGAUAACCUCCACUGACACCACCACCUUCUGCUGACACAACCUCCAUCCACUGUUGAUACAACCACCACCCACUGUUGAUACAACCACCACCCACUGUUGAUACAACCACCACCCACUGCUGACACAACCACCACCCACUGUUGACACAACCACCACCCACUGUUGAUACAACCACCACCCACUGCUGACACAACCACCACCCACUGCUGACACAACCUCCAUCACCCACUUCUAACAUAAACCUCUUCUUCGAACACUCAUGUCAACAUUUACUGACACUUCUAUUUGUCGUUGCCAUCAUCACAUGUUACGUCUGCUGCCACCCACAAUUGCUACCUGCUUCCAACAUCAAAAUCAUUGAGUAGUGCCAUCAAUAAAUGCACCACUAACCAUUGCUAUCACCACUACCUGAUUCAUAACUCUGUCCGUUAAUACUACCAACCCCGGCAGCUAUCAAACCCACCGCUGCCACCAUUGAUAUCUACUACCACAGCCACUAGAACAACCACCACCUCCCUACAGUUGCUACAACCACCACCACCACUACCACCUACUCCUACAACCACUAGCAACCAUGCUCAAGUUUCGAGUGACCAACAGCACUAAGGCCAGGCGGGCAGCCGAGGCACAGAGGAGGGCCCUGGAGGAGAAGGUGGGUAAGGAUAAGUUCCAGCUUGAGUGGGCAUGGAAGCCAAUGGCUGCCAUGAUGAACGAGGACAAGACAGAUCUGGUCUACUGGAUCCCCCCACUCUACAGCUCAAACCUGAUGGGUACCUCGUCACCUCGCCGCCCCUCCGUUAUUGGUACGCCCCGCCGCCCCUCGCUCACGGGCACGCCCCGGCGCCCUUCGCUCACGGGCACGCCCCGGCGCCCUUCGCUCACGGGCACGCCUCGGCGCCCCUCCAUCACGGGCACACCCCGCCGCCCCUCGCUUUCACGCUCAUAUACACUGGCUGCAGCAGCCACUGAGAGGAAGAGGAGACUGGCCACAAGACGAACCAAAAUGACAAGCGAGCAGAUUGGCGAUAUGCCGUGUGAUAGGAGAGAUAGCUAUGUAUGCGACAGGAGAGAUAGCCAUACGUGCACCGAGAGGAGAGAUAGCCAUACGUGUGGUGGCGACAGGAGGGAUAGCCAUACCUGUGAAAACAGGAGGGAUAGCCAUACCUGUGGCGAUAGGAGAGAUAGCCAUACCUGCGGCGACAGGAGAGAUAGCCAUACCUGUGGCGACAGGAGAGAUAGCCAUACAUGUGGCGACAGGAGAGAUAGCCAUACAUGUGGCGACAGGAGAGAUAGUCAUGUAAGUCAUGUAUGUGAUAGGAGAGAUAGCCAUAUUAUUCCUGAGGUAACGGAAGACUUAAUAGGCAUGAAAGACGAAGAUACCGAAAGUGGCAUCCACGAUGUAUGUAGUCACACUCACUCCCGUGAGGACCUUCCCCGCCGUAGCUUUCAAAGUAUUCAAGAGGAGAGAUUUCCAGAAUUACAACGAAGCACCUUUCCGGGACGUCCGAAAGUUAGGUGCACAUCCAUGAAACUUCGGCCUCCAGAGAAGGUCUGUGAGGGAAUUAGACGUGCCUCUGAUUCUGCUGCAAUGAAAUCUAAAACCUUACCGUCGAUAUUUCGGCUGCUUAAGCCAUCACAUCACCAAAAGAACAAACACUUAUUAAACAGAGAAGUUGAGUCUCGAUGCUACGGCAGUAAGAAGGUGAAGAGGCCCUCGAUUAAGAUCUAUAAUCCUCCAUCACGUCUCUCUAGUCGACGGGCAAGAUCCAGUUUUUCUCAAUCUGAAGAAGAUGAUCAGUGUGUCAUCGUGUCUAUAGACCCCAAGGCCAGAGAAAACCUCCGUGGAGGGCCCAUCCCAGAUCCGCAAAAGGCUCAACAGGCAAACAAAGGCCUAUCGGGAGACACACCCAAGAUACGUCAUGCUCACCUUCAGAUGGUGCUGCGACUCCUGGCCCAGAUGUAUGAAGAGAAGGUUGUCCGUCAGGAUACAGAGAUUCAGACCAUUAAAGCGAAGCUACUGACGCAAGAGAAGCACUUGAAGCGAAUGGUACAGAUGAUCCUCCACUUGAAGGACGAAGUGAACAAGAUGAAAAAUCAACGGAUUGUAAUGAAUGAGCAGAUGAAAGACAUCCAGAGUGGUAUACUCAGUGUCAAAGUUGGAGAAAAAGGCAAAACUGGGAUAGAUGUAUAAGUAUUAUGAGCGACAUAAAAAAAUCAGUACACCUAAAAGAAUUCUUAUUGUGGCAGUAUUAAAAUAUUGAUAAUAGUAUAAGUAACAAACACCAAAUUUAUAUAUUAUUGGUCAUGACUGAUAAACAUUAGGGAUGGCUUGUGAACCAGGGAAAGCAAUAGGAAAGAGAGCUCAAGAGAUGGAACCAGCUGACAGCUACCCCCUCACAACGUAACAACAGCAUUUUUUUCGUUGGCACAAUACAUUUUUUUUUGAGAUCGUUACAACGUUGGUUUUUACGUUGGCACGACGUUCUAUUUUAUGUUGGUACAAUGUUAUUCUUUUACGUUGGAACAACGUUGUUGUUUUACAUUGUUGCACCGUUAUUAAUAUUGUAGCCACAUAAAAAUAAAAAAUGUUGGUAAUGUUAUUGGACGUGGUAAUGUUGUGUGUUUGCAGAGAGACAGGUAAUUAGGCGCCCAUGGGUACUAAUCCUGUCAACUGCCAUUUAGAGUAUUGUUAUUUCAAAGGCUAUGCUGUGACAAGGGCGGGUUUUGCAGGAAUGGCCGCUACCAAAAUAUUUUAAGAUUUUACUGAACCUCAAACCCCUUCAAUCCGCCUAAUAGAUGUUUCGCAUAUAUUGUUGAGUAAUAAUACGAAGUAAAACCUAAAUUUUGAAAUAUUAAGAUGUUGGAUGUUUGAUUACAUAUCAUUAGAUUUAGUGAUGUUGGAGAAAGCCAGUGUUGUGAGGAGGGCAGGUGUGCCCGGGGCUGCAGCACAGUACCCGGGGUUUCGCUACUGCACAGUGCCCGUGGCUGGAACACAGCAUAGUGCCCGAAGGCCGUGGUAUAGCACAGUGCCCGAAGGCUGUGGCAUAGCACAGUGCCCUUACCCUGGGCUGCGACACAGCACAGUGCUUGUUGAUGCAACAUAACACAGCACCUCAUGGAGGCACCACAGCAUAGCACCCAGAUGCUACAACACAGUGCAUGGUGCUCGUGGAUGCAACAGAUCACAGCGCCCGGGGGAUGGAACAUGACGCAGCGCCCGACCAUCACUCCAGUGACUGACCCAAUACCCUUGCAGUCCUCCACACUGUGUAGUACCAUUAUCAUAGUCUCUACAGUGUUCUUAGUUGUAACAAAGGCUACAUUAUCAUACUAUACUCUGUUCUGCAAAAUAUCAAGCCAAACAUUUAUUGUGCUCCAUCAAACGUUUCCAUUUUCAACCCAAUUGACAUUAUUGUAUGACAGUAAGUUAUGUAGUUAUUAAACACGAAACUGUAUUAGAGAUAGUUAUAAUACCAUUUAAGAAGUUCUCAUGCACUGUCUUCUUCAGUGAUAAUAUGCAUGUCUUUUUUUUUUUUAGUGUCGGGUGAGCACUGGCUAAGUGAAGGAUACUGCAAUCCACACAAAACCACACCUGAGCCGUCUCCGUCAGCGGUUCAAACUGGCGUUAUACUUCAGAUGUUAAUUCCUGAACUGAUGUAUAUACAUAAAAGGGGGUAAAAAUACUCCAGGACUAGUGGGAAAAAAACUUGCUCAGAUUUGACCUAAGAUGAUACUUAAAUGUUGAGGUAAAUACGUUGUCGGGUCAGAUGUUGCUAUCCCGCCUCCUGUAGUGCAUCCUUUCCUUGCCUCCUGUAGUGCCCCUUCCUUGCCUCCUGUAGUGCCCCUUCCUUGCCUCCUGUAGCGCCCCUUCCUUGCCUCUUGUAGUCCCCCUUCUUUGCCUCCUGUAGUCCCCCUUCUUUGCUUCCUGUAGUGCCCCUUCCUUGCCUCCUGUAGUGCCCCUUCCUUGUCUCUUGUAGUACCCCUUCCUUGUCUCUUGUAGUACCCCUUCCUUGUCUCCUGUAGUGCCCCUUCCUUGCUUCUUGUAAUGCCCCUUCCUUGCCUCUUGUAAUGCCCCUUCCUUGCCUCUUGUAAUGCCCCUUCCUUGCCUCCUGUAGUGCCCCCUUCCUUGCUUCCUGUAGUGCCCCUUCCUUGCCUUCUAUAGUGCCCCAUCUUUGCCUCCUGUAGUGCCCCUUCCUUGCCUUCUGUAGUGCCCCAUCCUUGCCUUCUGUAGUGCCCCAUCCUUGCCUCCUGUAGCGCCCCUUUUCCCUUGCCCAAUUCUCACUCCCUCCUAUGACCCCUCUCCAUCCUCAACCAUGCCCCAGCUCAACCUAUGCUUUCCCAUCGUUUAGUCCUCCAGACAAGAUGUAUUGAACUCUACUGACUAAAGGGCGUAUCGUGCCUUCGACACCUUGCGAGUCAUUUUUCUAGUCACUUUUAAAAGAAACAAACACACACACACAAUAUACAAAUAUAUGCAGAGCAACCUCAAUUAUCCGGACCAAUUGAUACAGCUGCAAAUCAGUACAUAAAUCUGUAUAAAUUAAUAAAAUAUCAUGGGCUAUAAUUAAUUUAUUUUGUAUUGUUUAUUAUAAUGAAAAUGUGCUAAAAAAAUACCUGUAACUGUGUUGUAUUAGAAACGGACCAAUGUAUAUGUAAAAAAUCAAUUAAACAAAUUUGUAAUUAGGUAUAAAAUAUGAUUCCCAUCGAAUCACAGACUUCAUGGGCAAUUAAGAUCACAGAAAUUUGUCACAAAAAAAUUUGAAUCUUGCUAAAAUUGGGUUCUGGAAAAUUGGGUUUUUACUGUAUGUAGACAAAAAAUUAUACACAUAUAUUUAUAUAUCUUAAAUACUCGAAUUUGUGUCUUUCUAAUGAGAAAAUGAUAUUAAUAUUUAUAAGUUACAUCUACAUGUGUGUUAUUAAACAUAGUUUGUACAUAUUCAACGUCAUGUUUACAUUAGAUUAGCAAACCGAACUUAUUUAAUGCUGUUCGAAGGUGCUCUUUAUAUCCCUGUAGCAUAUUACCUAUGAAAUAUAUACAUAUAUAUAUGUUUAA